AUGGAUAAAUCCAUGUCAGAUUCUCAGACAAAAUUUGAUGAAGUAUCAAAUAAACUUUCCAAGUUUAGGUAUACUGGAGGUUUCUUAAGUGACCUUGCGGGAAAUCAGCCUCUUGCGUUUCCAAAUACAUUAUGGUUUGGAAUAUUAGAUCUUGCACAAAAUCUCAUUCAAAAAUCUGCUCAUCCAGUUAUAUAUAAUCUUUGCUAUUAUUUGACAAUUGAAUCUCUCAGUAAAGCUCCAAGUAGUUUCAUUCAAUAUAAAGCAAUUGAAAUAUUGCUACACAAAAUGAUUAACAAUACUUCCGAAAGAUUUCAAACUUUAAUCAAACUUGUUCAAGAAAAAUGUCACGAAGAUUUUAAUAUACAAAACGAUGCAAUGGAAAAGGGAAAAGGAAAAGGUUCGGACGAGAAUGAUGAUUUCAAAAACGAACAAACAAUAAGUUCUUUUAACAUUUUAGAUGUUAUUGCAGAUGAAAUGAUUUGUCCAAUUACUCAUCAACAAAUUAUAAAAGAACUAGAAGAUAAAAAUUAUGAGAAAGCUAUAGUUAGUUGUCAAGAAAACCUAAAAAGGUUUCCUAAAAGUUAUACUAUGAGAUGUAUUUUAGCUUAUACAUAUAAAUGCUUUAAAGAUUAUAAAAACGCAGUUUUUUAUUUGCAAGAAGCUAUUGGAUUAAAUGGAAUUAAUCCAAUUGCAUAUAAUAUUCUGGAGAAAUUUUGUUUAGACAAGGAUACUAAACAGAU